AUGCCUAAAUUCAACCCGCCAGAAUCGUUCGUCUUUAGCCGACCAAGCGAGUGGCCGGAGUGGAAACAGCGAUUUUGCAGGUACCGAACCGCCACGAAACUUGACAAGGAGGAUGAAGCCAUCCAAAUUAGUUCAUUGAUAUAUGCCAUGGGACUGCAGGCGGAACACAUAGUUAAGUCUUUCGUAUUUGGUGACGGGGAAGAUGAGACAAAGUUCGAGGUAAUUCUGAAGAAGUACGAUGACUAUUUUGUACCCAAACGUAACGUGAUUCACGAAAGGGCCAAAUUCCACCUGAGAUCGCAAGCUCAAGGAGAAUCAGUCGAAACUUUUAUUCGUUCACUGCAUGAACUCUCAGAACAUUGUGAUUUUGCUAACAGAUCCGAGGCAAUCCGAGAUAGACUUGUUAUUGGCAUCAACGACAAAGGACUAUCAGAGAAACUGCAGCUAACCAAGGAUUUGACUCUUGAGAAAGCGUCAGAAAUGGCCAGGAAUUCUGAAUUAGUGAAAUCUCAAAUUAGAGAUCUACAAUCCAAAAAUUUGGAUGCGGUACGGGUGAAACGUCAUACUCAAGAUCCGCCACACCAAGUAAAUCGUGGAAGAGGUGCGCAACGGACUCGCGGUGGACAGUCUAGUCGCGGCAGAGGAUCUAAUAAUCAGAACCGACAGAAUGCGAAUUUACCGUGGUGUGGAGCGUGCAAUCGUAAACAUUACGAGGGUCAGUGCCCAGCUCAUGGACGGCGAUGCAGAAAGUGCAACCGUAGGAAUCAUUUCGCAGUGUGCUGUCGUUCCAACACUGUUGCCGGUGUUCGUGAAAUUGUCGACGACGACAAUGAUCAUCAUGACUACUUUCUAGGUUCAGUGACCGCGUGCAACGAGGGAGAACCGUGGUUUGUUAAACUUAAAGUUUGUGGUUCAGAGAUUCCGUUCAAGAUUGAUACUGGUGCUGACAUUUCCAUCAUGUCAGAAUACACGUACAAAUCGCUACCAUUUCAACCAAAAUUACAUGUGAACAACAGCAAACUACAAACGCCAAACGGUGAUCUUCACUCACUUGGAAAAUUCAAGGUUACUACUCGACAUAAGAAUCAUCCUUAUUCAUUUCAUGUAGUUGUGAUUCCAAGCACCGACUCUCAGAAUAAUCUUCUAUCAAGAUCAGUUGCGUCUACCAUGGGUCUCAUUCAGAAGAGAGGAAGUGUCAUAGAACAUCACGGUACUAUGAAAGGUGACCCAGUGAAAAUUGUUCUCCGAUCUGAUGCGCAACCGUAUUAUGUUACGACUGCUCGACGAAUACCGUUCGCUCUUAUGCCGAAAGUGAAAGCAGAACUCGACAAACUAGAAAAUGAUGGUAUCAUUCGUAAAAUUAAUGAACCUACUGACUGGUGUGCACCAAUUGUUCCAGCAACAAAGAAAAACGGUGAUGUGCGUAUUUGCAUCGAUCUGAAGCGUCUUAACGAAGCCGUUAAACGUGAGUACUACAUGCUACCGAAUCUGGACGAUAUCUCUCCGAAAUUAAGCGAAGCAACCAUAUUCUCUAAAUUGGAUGCAGCAUCAGGAUUUCAUCAACUUAAACUGCACGAGGACAGUCAAGAAUUGACUACAUUUAUUACUCCUUUUGGAAGGUACUGUUACACGCGCGUACCGUUCGGAAUCUCGUCAGCACCCGAGAUAUUCCAAAGGCGCAUGGGAGAAGUACUAUCUGGGUUGGAAGGCGUAGAGUCGAUAAUAGAUGACGUCAUCAUCUAUGGAUCUUCACUCAAUGAACACGACCGCAGAUUAAAAGCAGCAUUGGAUCGUAUUAGAGAUGCAGGGAUCAAGCUAAAUCCCAACAAGUGCGAAUAUCGAAAGGAGAAAAUUGAAUAUUUUGGACACAUCAUCUCGAAAGAUGGUGUUCAACCUAGUCCAGAACGUGUGCGCUCUAUUCUGGAUUUGCCACCACCGACUAACAUCAGUGAGUUGCGUCGUAUUAUCGGGAUGAUCAAUUAUCUUGGUCGAUUUGUUCCUGAUCUAUCCAGUAUCAUGAACCCUAUCAAUAAUCUGUUAAAAUCAGACACAGCGUGGACUUGGGAUGAAUCUCAGCAAAGUGCGUUUGACCGUGUGAAGAAACUCAUUACAGAAGCGCCAGUACUUGCAUUUUACGAUAUGACUCGACCCACUAUCGUUAGUGCGGAUGCAAGUAGUUUCGGUAUCGGUGCAGCGCUAUUUCAAGUUGUGGAUGGAGAGACUAAACCAAUCGCAUUUGUGUCUCGCACACUUACCGAGGCAGAGCGUAAUUAUGCGCAAAUUGAGAAGGAAUGUUUGGCCGGAGUGUGGGCAUGCGAGAAAUUCGACCGAUACCUCAUGGGAAUUGGAUCAUUCGAACUGAUUACGGACCAUAAGCCGUUAGUACCGCUGAUUAAUACUCAAGAUCUCAAUAAAGCGCCAUUGAGAUGCCAGAGAUUACUGAUGAGAUUACGUAGGUACAAUGUCGUAGCGAAACAUGUUCCAGGAAAACAGCUCGUGGUUCCGGAUACGCUUUCGAGAAGUCCUCUCAAAAUCAGUGAUCAAAGCAAUACUGUUGAAGAUGUUACCGCAUACGUAGCGUCCGUGGUCAAUACGAAACCAUUAUCAGAUAAGAAAUUGGAAGAAAUUCGUAACGAAACAUCUUCAGAUCCGAUUCUACCUGACGUCAUGAGAUACACUAUGCAAGGUUGGCCGCAAAAAGAAAAUUCAUUGUAUGCGGAGUUGAAACCAUAUUUCGCGCCAAGAUUCGAAUUCUCAGUGUCUGAUGGUAUACUGUUCUAUAGAGACAGACUAGUGAUUCCAGAAUCCCUGAGAGCUGAUGUACUCGCAGCGAUACAUACAGGCCAUUUGGGACUGAACAAGUCAAGAGAGCGUGCAAAGUCAUCAGUAUGGUGGCCUGGAUUAUCAAGUGAUUUGGAACAUUUGAUCAGGUGUUGCGAGUUUUGUAAUACCAACCGUCCGUCACAGCGUAGUGAGCCACUUAAAACUACUCAGCUUCCUAGUCGUCCCUGGGUAAGGGUUGGAGCUGAUCUUUGCGAAUUACAGGGCAAAAAUUACCUUGUAGUGAUGGAUUACUUUUCUCGGUAUUUGGAGAUUGCCUACCUGGACAAUAUCACAAGUAAUCACGUAGUUGGCAAAUUAAAGAAUAUGUUUGCCAGAUGGGGCAUACCCGAGGAACUUGUUAGUGAUAACGGUGGACAGUUCAGUUCGAAAUCAUUCAGACAGUUUUCGAUUGAUUAUGGAUUUCAUCAUACAUUCUCCAGUCCUCAUUAUCCUCAAGCAAAUGGAGAGGCAGAGAGUGCGGUUAAAGUAGCCAAACGAAUACUCAAACAGCCGGAUGUAUUUCUAGCCCUAAUGGCUUACCGCAGUACCCCCGUACAUGCGACAGGUACUAGUCCAUCUGAACUCAUCAUGGGACGUAAAAUCAGAACUACCGUUCCGAUUUGUUCUGACCAACUAGAGCCUGGAUGGCCGGACCUAGGAAAAGUUAGGGAAAAGGACAGACAAUCCAAAAACAGGAUGCGUGUAAACUUCAAUCGUAUGCAUGGAGCUCGCACUUUAAAACCACUUUACGUAGGUGACCGUGUUAGGGUGAAAACUGAUAAAGAAAAGUCUUGGGAUGAGGCAGGAAUCGUCACAUCUGCUGAUUACGCGAACCGCUCAUACUUUGUGAAAACUCUCAGUGGAGACCUCAGGAGAAAUCGUAAGCACUUGCUUCAUGUCAAUGAUGAAAUGCAAGAUUCAUCUGUGCCAAGUGAUUUUCAGUGUUCUUCCGCUAUGGAACCGGAACCGGAAAUUCCGAUGGGGAACCAUAAUUCAGAGGAAUCGCUGUGUACCGAAACAACCACACCACUUACCAAUGAAACUCCGAGUGUACCUGUUACGAACAUUCCACAGAGUAGCACUCCACCAGCUACCGUAAGGCGUAGUGGUCGCGAAAUAAAACGCCCCAAAUACCUAAGUGACUAUUUGCUGUGA